GUCACGCAGUUCCCAUACACUGUACGCUUAGUGGAGGAGACAGUGGGUCAUGUCCACGCCGGUCCACGCAGGAAGACAACAAUUGAACUUAACUUUUUCUUCUAGUGACUUUUUUUUUUAAAUCACUUCAACUGAGUUAAGAUGGAGUCAGAAGAAGGGAAGAUCUCGGUGUGGGUCUGCAGGGAGGAGAAGCUGGUCUCGGGUCUGACUAAGCGCACCACAUGCGCGGAUGUGGUCCAGGUCCUGCUGGAAGACCAGAACUUGCAACAAGGUGCCUCAGCGGGCAUGCUAUCCGGUCCUUCUCAGUCUUACUGCGUGGUGGAGAAGUGGAGAGGCUUCGAGAGGAUUUUACCCAACAAAACUAAAAUACUUCGACUGUGGAGCGCUUGGGGGGACGAGCAGGAGAGCGUCCGCUUCGUCCUGGUCAAGAACGACGCGUCUUUACCCAAUAACGGUCCUCGUAGCGCUGAGGCCAGGGUGGUCCAGAGUCGGGAGAACUGGGGGACCGGAGGAGUGAUCCGUGGUCCCUCUGGGACCUGCUGGACCGCUGCGACCACUAACCUGUCGCAGGAACGUCAGAGGCGCAUUGUGAGGAAAGCUUUCAGGAAGUUGGAUAAAAUGAACAAAAAGAAAGAGCAGGCCCUUUCUAAAGACCAGACCUCCAUGGAGAAAAUGGAGACUCUUGUCCAUUUGGUGCUUUCUCAAGAUCACACCAUACGUCAGCAGGUCCAGAGACUGAAGGAACUGGACCAGGAGAUCGAACGUUACGAGUCUAAAAUCCACAUGGACCGCAUAAAGACACAUGGAGUUAACUACGUUCAGGACACCUACAUGGAGGACUUCAUAUUCCAGGGAAAAGUGCAGGCUCCGGACUCGAACUGCACAGCUGAGACGCUCCUGCAGUUCGAAGAGUACGCGCGCCGUUGCGAGGAGGUGCUUCAGCUCCAGGAGGAGUUGGCGGAGCGUGAGGCGCUCAUGGAGAACAUCACAGGGAAGAUACAGGAGGAGCUCAACCGCAGGUGGAUGAAACGACGGCGGGAGGAGAGAGGAGGAGAAGAUAUGAUGGAGAACUUCAAGGAGGAAAUGUGUCUCUCUGUGCUUGACGCGCAUGAGGACUGCGCUUCCGGGGAUGAGCUGACUUUGGAGGAGGAGAGGAUCAAAACCCAGCUGAACACCAGCCUCUACAUAGGCCUUAGACUCAAGACGGACUUGGAUGGCGUUAGAGGCGACUUGGACUUGAGUCUGGCUCUGUGGGAGAGCAAAGAGUGCGAACUCCUGGACCUUCUAGCCAAAGUGGAGUCCAUGGAGAUAGAGCAGAAUCUUUGUGAUGAUGAUGAUGACGAUGACGAUGAUGCUAGUAUAAAACCAGAUGAAGGUUCACGAGUGGAGAAGAGCAGUAUUUGGGUGGAGCAGGCCCGAGGACUAUCCAAGACCUGCAAUGCCAAUGAUGAGGACUCGGACACGGGUCUGAGCUCCAUGCACAGUCAGGACUCUGACAAUCCUCCUGUGUGUGAGUCUCUAGUGUAGCGUCACAUGACACAGUAUAAGAAUUCCAUAGCAAUAUUCAAUAUUCAUGUAUGUAUGUCAUAUUUGCACAAUAAGCUAAAUUUAAUGCUGAGGUGACGCCUCAUGCGGUUUUAUUUUGAAAGAUCACACCAAGUGCAGCAAAAUAAAAGCAUGACAUUUCUAUAAAUAGACAUGUCAGCUACAAGACCUACAAAAGUAUUAAAAAAGUAUGCGUACAAUUUUGGAAUCCAAACAAGAAAAGCGCUACGAUUAUAUUUUGCGUUAAAUAAUUAUCUUUGGUGAAUAUAAUAUGCCACGUUUUUACCAUAAAAUACAUGUUUAUGUUUGUAUUUCAUCCAUCAUCUUCCUCAAGAACAAGACAUUUUAUUCAUAAAAAAAAAAAUUAUACAGUGUUCCCUCGUUUAUCACGGGGAUCUGUUCCCAAAAUAGCCUGCAAUAAGUGAAAUUUUAAAAAAAUAUUAUACACGUUUUAGGGCUGUAAAAAAUCAUCUUCCUAUAGAACAAGACAUUUUAUUCAUUAAAAAAGUUAUAAAAUGUUCCCUCGUUUAUCAGGGGGAUCUGUUCCCAAAAUAGCCUGCAAUAAGUGAAAUUUUAAAAAAAUAUUAUACACGUUUUAGGGCUGUAAAAAAUCAUCUUCCUGUAGAACAAGACAUUUUAUUCAUUAAAAAAGUUAUAAAAUGUUCCCUCGUUUAUCGUGGGGAUCUGUUCCCAAAAUAGCCUGCAAUAAGUGAAAUUUUUAAAAAUUAUUAUACAUGUUUUAGGGCUGUAAAAAAUCAUCUUCCUCAAGAACAAGACAUUUUAUUCAUAAAAAAAGUUAUUAAGUGUUCCCUCGUUUAUCGUGGGGAUCUGUUCCCAAAAUAGCCUGCAAUAAGUGAAAAUUUUUUAAAUUAUUAUACACGUUUUAGGGCUGUAAAAAGUCAUCUUCCUCAAGAACAAGACAUUUUAUUCAUAAAAAAAGUUAUAAAGUGUUCCCUCGUUUAUCGUAGGGAUCUGUUCCCAAAAUAGCCUGCAAUAAGUGAAAUUUUAAAAAAUUAUUAUACAUGUUUUAGGGCUGUAAAAAAUCAUCUUCCUCAAGAACAAGACAUUUUAUUCAUAAAAAAGUUAUAAAGUGUUCCCUCGUUUAUCAGGGGGAUCUGUCCCCAAAAUAGCCUGCAAUAAGUGAAAUUAAAAAAAAUUAUUAUACACGUUUUAGUACUGUAAAAACCCAUCACUGGAUAUUAUUAACAUUAUCUCACAUUUCUUUCUUGUUUUGACACCCUCCUUUAAUGAGUUGCUACAAUGUAGCGUUUUUGUGUCCUUGUUAAAACAUAUUUUCCUCACAGGGUUAGCUUCUUCUUCCGUUGUUUAUAAUAUUGGCGGUUAGCAAGCACCUUACACUGUUAGCUAGUUUGGUAGCCAUGAAGGAGAUUGAGAUUGAAAACGGUCAAGAGCCAAUCAGGACACAGAAGACAAUGGGCAGUACAAAAAGAAUAGACAGAGAAAACACAACUUUCCUACAAUGCAAUUCUUCUUAAAGGGCCAGGCUCAAACUACAACAGCUUUCAUAUGAUGUAUAUAAUUUUUUUUUUUUUUUAAAGCACUAAAAUUGCAGUAAAAAAAACAGGCAUUCAUGAAAGAUGAACCGUAAUGAAACGAGGGAACACUAUUCUAUUUUUCCUGUACACUUUUUCAGUCAUAUUGUGAAUGAUACUACACUUUUUCUCACUUACACACAUGUCUGCAUUUUGGAAUUUGUUCAAUGAAAAAGUAGUACGAGUAAAUCAUCUCGUCCACCACAAAGCACAUUGGAAAAAAAAUGUUUUUAGGAUCUUAAAACUUAAAGUACGUUACUAAAACCAUCUAAAAAUUUCACUUUUCCACUUAAAUAACUUACUUCUUUGCGCCCACAAAACAUGCAGGUCGUUUUGGUAAGACACUAUUUGGCAACAAAUGGAAUCUGACUGGAAUCAGAUGCUCUACAGCACAACCACUUUUAUGCAUUUAGAGUGUUUUGCUUUAGAAAUAAGACUUGGACAAAAGGACAAAAUCCGUUGCUGGUUCUCGGGAGGUUAUAGAAUACUUACAUAUGCAUCAUUUAUUUAUUUACUACUGAUGUUAAGCUAAUUCUUUGUGGGGGGCACAGCGAGGGGUGACAAUCCUAAAAAUUUGGAGUUCUGUCGGUGUCUUUAUCCAAUGCCUGAACAACGCUGGUGCUUGCAAACCAUAAAGUAGUUUCUACUCAUAAUUGGUUAUCUUUACUACUUCUUUUGCAGUAUAACGACUUAAAACCUGCUCCUAACUGUUUUAUUAUUUGUUAUAUUGAAGCUGCACAACUAGCA